AUGGGGGAUGUCCCGGACCCCUUGCCCCUCGUCACCCCCACCCUCGCCCCCCACCACUGCCCCGCGCUGGCCGCCAUGCCAAUCAUCUCCGCCGCCCUUCCACCCGCCCUAGCUCCCUCCGCCGAUCGCGCCGACCCCGUUCCCGCGCUUCCCCCCACGGUGCCUUCCCGCCUGCAGGCGCGGCUGUCCGCGCUUGGGCACGGCGCAGCCAGCAGCACGUGCCUGGCGGAAAUGCGCGCUCUCUCUCCCCCGCGCGGCUCCUGCUCCGAUGACGCGCUGCUGCGCCACAGCGCGGGUGCAGUGCCGAUUGGCGGAGGGGAUCGGGGAGGAGCGGGGGAGCUGGGGAACGAAGCGGAGGGAGGGGGAGUGGUGAUGGUGGGCAACGGAGUGGUGGUAGAUGUAGAGCGGUUGAAAGCAGCUCAAUACGAUGCAUGGAUGCUGAAGCACCCCUCCGCGCUCGCGAGUUUCGACCGCCUAGCGGCACUAAUGGAGGGGCGGCAGGUCGCGGUGUUCCUCGAUUACGACGGCACGCUGUCCCCGAUAGUGGACGACCCCGAUAAAGCCUAUAUGAGCUCUGCGAUGCGCGCGGCAGUGCGCGGCGUGGCUGCGCACUUCCCCGCGGCUAUCAUUAGCGGGCGCGGGCGCGAGAAAGUGCUAUCAUUUGUUCAGCUGCCCGAACUCUACUACGCGGGCAGCCACGGGAUGGACAUCAUGCUGCCCGCGCGCAAAGGGGAAGAGGCGGACGCGGAGGGGGAAGCUGAAGGGAACGCGGAAGAGAACGGGGUAGGGGGAGGGGGAGAUGGCGGAAAGGGGAAGGGGGGAGGGAGCAAGGGCGUGCGCGUGCAAGGCGCGCAGAGUGUGGACGAGAAGGGGCAUCACGUGGUGCUGUUCCAGCCUGCUAGCCGGUUCGCUGGGCUCAUGAGUCAGGUGUGCGAUGAGCUGAGGGAGCGGUUGAAAGGGGUGCAGGGGGCGCACGUGGAGAACAACAAGUUCUGCGUCAGCGUGCAUUUCAGACGCGUGCCUGAGGAGCUGUGGGAGGAGCAGGCGGAGGUGGUGACUCAGUUGGUGGCACAGCACCCCGAGCUGCGCACCAGCCAUGGCAGGAAGGUGUUGGAGAUCCGGCCAGUGGUGGACUGGGACAAGGGCAAGGCCGUCGCCUACCUCCUCACCACCCUCGGGCUGAGUGGCGACGACUCAGUGCUGCCGGUGUACAUUGGAGACGACCGCACCGAUGAAGACGCCUUCAAGAUGCUGCAGGAGCGGGGGUCGGGGUGUGGCAUCAUAGUUUCCGCAGCACCCAAGCCAUCUGCUGCUACCUUCUCGCUCAGAGAUCCCUCCGAGGUGAAGCAAAACAGACCAUGCAGGGAGGGAUGGGAAGUGGUGGGGAGUGGUCAGAGAGGUGGUGGGGAGGGGCAGGGUGGGCUGGGGCGGAGGGCCAUUCCUUGUCUCUCAUCUCCCUGCUCUCCCUCCCCUCCUUCCUCUCACUCCUCUCCCUUGACUCCCUCCUUUCCCACUCUCUCCCCCUGUCCCUCCUCUCCUUCCUCUCCAUCGCCUCCGUCCGCUUCCUCCUCUCUCCCUCUCCCCCCGCUCCCUCCCCUCCUCUCCCUUCUCUCCCUACCCGCCCUCCUCUCCCUCUUGUCCAUGCUGUCGCACCAGGUGAUGGAUUUUCUGCAGAAGCUGGUCAAGUGGAAGGAGCAGCAGCAGCAGCACCACCGCGUCACGUCCGUUCGGCCACUUACUAGCAUCGCGCCUUUCCGAGUCGCCAGCACAUCAGUGGCUGCGAGGCGGCCACUGGUGGUGGCGGCGACAGCUACUGAGACGAAGACUUCAGGGAAGGUCGACUGGAUAAACAAGCGAAGCUUCCUCGUGAAGAACAAGGUGGUUGGCGUGCAGCCCGCGGAAGCCGCGCGCCUGGCGAAGGAGGAGGGCCACGUCAUCAUUGACGUCAGAACAGUGGCGGAGUACAACGAGGUGCACCCCGAGGGCGCGGUGGGCGUGGAGUUCUACCGGCUGAUCAAGGAGUGGACGCCGUACCACGUGCUGCGCCGCGCCGCCUUCGCCUUCUUUGGCGUGCUCAACGGCACCGAGGAGAACCCCGAGUUCCUCAAACAGGUGGAGGCAGCAGUUCCGGACAAGGAGACCCCAAUUAUCCUUGCGUGCAUGCCGGGCGGCACACUCAAGCCCACCCAGAACUUCCCGUACGGCAAGGAGUCGAGGUCUUUAAAUGCCGCUAAUGUGCUUGUGAAAAAUGGGUACAAGAAUGUUCGCCACAUCGAGGGUGGGGUGUACGACUACCUGAAAGCGAACCUCCCAGUGGAAUAUGUUGAGUGA